AUGCGUCGCGAGGUGCCGAAAUCGUCAUUGUUCGACGAUUUGCGUCGCGCUCGACGUCGAUCGCGCUCGAUGCGCUCGAGCGCCGACGCGGGGGUAUCUGGACGUCCUCAUCGCGUGCUGUACGACGCACACGAGCGCGAGCGUCCAGAUAACCAGACGGAUGCGGAGACAUUUCUGAAGCGUUUGACGCUCAACGCGCGCGUGCGCGAGCGCGCGUACGUCUCGAGCGCGAUCGCGGCGUGGACGAUCUCGCAGCAGUGUGCCAUGGUCGUCGUACACGCCGGGUUACACGCAGCGCUCGUGGACGGGAGCGCGGAGGCGAGAGGGAGGAUACGGUUGGAGCUAGGCGCGCUCGCCGUCGGCGGCGUGGCGUGGGCGCUCGGUGGAUCGAACGGUGGACGAGGGCUCGGUGGGUUGGUAAAGCGAUCGUUGCGAUCGUUGAGGUUGUUUGCGCUCGUGUCGUGCGGUCUAGCGGCUCUCACGCCGUUAUGUCAGACGAUGACUGCGGCGGUGAGCGACGACACAGCGGCGGUAUGCUCGGCGCUCUCGCUUGGAUUGUACGUCUUGGCGUACGAUUACGCGUUCGCGAAUCUCGAGACGAAGCAGCUGGCGAGUUCGUUUUCGCUCGGCGCGGCGAUGUUUGCGACGAUGCUCAUGGCGAGUCGACUGGACGAUCGCCCGAGCGUGUUCGCCGACGCGCUCCUGGCGCUCGAGUGUUACGUCUUGGCACCGUACGUCUGGCGCGCCGUUCGCGUGCGAUCCACCGCGCUACAUCUCAUCGUGGUGUUCACGGUACACGUCUGGGCCUUCAUAAUAGCUCGUGAGUGCGAUCCCUUGCUCGGGUGGGCGUUCGUAGCCUGGACCUUUCUCCUCGCCGUGCUCUCGCCCGGGCUUCUCGUGUUUCUCGCUCGCCGCGGCAAGACGCAAAUCGCCGGUCCUUGGGACGAGGCCCUCCCGAAGCUCUAUCUCUUUCGCGGUACCGAGCGCGCGAGUGGGGUUCCGCGAUAUCGCCACUAUUACGCCAACAAACGCAGCAUCGAGUGA